UUAUGCUGUGUAAAUAAUCGCUAAUAGAACGUAUGCAAUCAGGGACAUAAUUGCUGAGAUGGAAGUCUGUUAUCCAAAUGUUGAUCUAAAAUAAUUCAAAAAGUGAUGUAGUCAACGAACUGAAAAAGGGAUUACACGAAAUAAACAUUUUUACAUAAGAUACGACAAAAACUAUUGAAAAAGUGAAUGAAGUCAUCUUCGUUCACACUUUAUUUUUAGGUCUUUGAAAGAUUUGCUCAUAACUUCUGACCUAAGAAUCUCGCAAAACUUCUGAACAUAGAUUCGGAAAUAGUACAACAUUCUAGCUCUACUCUAAUAUAUAAUAGUUUCUACUUGCUCUCUCAAUUGCUCGGAAAAUAAAGGAACAUGCCGUCUAAAAACUUUCAAUGUACCCGUUAUUCAUAUAAAAUAAAUAGAUAAUUUCAAUUACAUAAUUAUUAGUUAUAUGUAUACCAUCAAGAUUUGAAUAAUUCAUUUAUGAUAGAAUUCCAUAAUUGAUUAAAAACAAUUUCUCUAUCAAUAAUUAUACCGGAAAACGUUGUGUACUUAGUAUUAUUUCACUAUUUGGAAAUUUUUAUGUGUUUCUUUGUAGCAAUAAUAUGCUAAUCAUCAAGAUUUAUUAGUUAGAGAUAUAGAAUAUAAACUAAUUGAAUUAAUAGUGAUAAUCGACUAUGCAUAUUAUAAUUGACUUCUACUGUAUCAAAAUCAGUUAGACUAUCAGUUUUUGAAAAAGAUUGAUUAACUAAACAAACAAAAUGAGUAUUCGAGUCAGAGAUGUUCAUCGCGGCUCGAAAUCUGCCGCUGCCGCGCCGCGGAGAUUGGAGAGAAAAUCUGCCGCGAUGGUACUUGAAAAAAAGUUUUGAAUUUCAUUGCUGUGAAUGUAUUGAAAUACAAUUCUUGUCACUAAUCGAUGAGAUUUAUUGAGUCUUAGAGUGUUACGUCUGCGGACACUCAAUUUUUGUGCAAAUUCAUGCAGUUUUUGCCAUGUCAUCCAGAAAUAAGGUACCGCCGCCGCGCCGCUGCUGCGACUGUAUUGCUAAAAAAUCUCCCGAGCCGCGAUGCUUUUUCAAAAAACCUUGCCGCUGCCGCGAUGGACAUCUCAGAUUCGAAUAUAGAUCAUUCGAGUAUUACGUACAUCUGUACCGUUCAUUUCGAAUAAAUAAUGAUAGUCAUUCUGUGAAUUCUUUUUUUUCUGAUUGUAUAAUCAUUACAAUUUGUACUCAGAGAUAGAUGAAGGUUGAAUAUAAUUCGAUUAGGAUAAAUAGAGAUCAACCGGAUUAAUCUCUUUUCUAAAACUGAAAAACAUUUUAAAGACAUUAUAGAUCAGAUUUAAAACUUGAUACAAUCAUGUAUGUGUUUUUAUCUUCUAUAUUUUUUUAUGCUAUUAUUUAUCAAUUUAUUCAUUAUUACUGAAGAUUGGCUUUUCAGUAUACUUUAACACUAAUGAACCACUUUGCAGAUCUUCAAUUUAGAUUUAAGUUAAAUAAAUACUUCAACUCGAUGUUUAUUGGAUAAAACUGGUUAGUCGGUAACAAAAUAGUACAGUGUAGUUUUGUUAUUUCGAAGAAACAAACACUCUAGUAUUCCAUUUGGUCUUAUUAAAAUAAUUUCUAGAGCGACAACAGUCAAUGAUAAUCCUGAAGAUUCGAUUUCUAACUCCUGUCAUUCAAAUAUUUAUUAUCCACAAAGGACAUAAUCUUCUUGGUAACGUCUUUCCAUUCGUACACAUUUAUCUGUAGAUUCUUUCUUUUCGUAAAGCUGGUUAUGUCACAUAGGAAUGACUGUCUAGCUAAAUUUAGACUGAUUCACCAACAUUGUAUAUCCUUCGAAUGAAUCAAUGGUAGAACUAUAUAUAUAUAUAUAUACUUAUAUUCUAGGGUUUAAAUCGUGUCAUAUUUCAUCCAUAUACAUUUAAACAAUUAAAUGAAAUAGUUCAAGCACGUCUUGGUCCUGAUUUAUCAUCAUUAUUUAAUAAAGAUGCACUCGAUUUAAUAUGUCGCAAAGUUUCAUCAAUAUCAGGUGAUGUUCGUCGUGUACUUCAAAUAUGUUCACAAACAUUAGAUAUGGCACAAUUAGAUAAAUUAUCAAAUAAAGUUACACUUGAACAUGUACAAAAAACUUUUGAACGUUUAUAUACAUCAACACGAACGAUAUUUAUUCGAAAUUUAAAUCCUACUCAACGUAAAGUACUUGAAGCUAUUCAAGAUGAAUUAUCAUAUGGAAAAGGACGAGAAAUUACAACAAUUAAUGCUAUUUAUGAUCGACUUGAUAAAAAAGAAUAUAGCUUUACAGAUGUUCGUCGUAUUUGUGCACAAUUAUCAGCUUGUGGCUUAUUACUUUUAGAUAGAUCAUCAAAUAGUAUUGCUCGGCAAAGUGUUCGUUUGAGCAUGCCUAUUCAUUUACUUAUAUUUGCACUUAAAAAUAAUAAUUAA